UUUUUGUUAAGGUCUAUCGGCCGUGACCCGCAGCGUUAAAAUUUAUAAUAAUUUUUUAUAUUUUAUAAUUUUAACUAUAUGCCUGUAAGAUCUAAGGUCUUUUUAAAUGCAUACUGCACGGCACUAGUUAGAAGGAAUAGAAAGAAUUUUUUGUUGGUACAUUGAAUUGAGAAUAAGAUGAUUAGUAUCUCAUAAUCCCACGGGUGGCUUCCAAGCUGGGGGAUAAAGAAAAGAAUGCUGCCUGACGUAGGGGUCGAAUCCAUACCUCCAGGCUAUUAGUCAAGCACUUCAUCCACUGCACCAUUACCACCCGCAAAUAAAAAAAAAACUUUCUUUUACUAUUGUGUUUGUAAUUUUGGGAACCUUAAAAAUAAUGUUUUGAAAAAAAGGCAUGUAGCUUUGUGCGCAUAUUCGGGAAGUAAUCCAAUUCGAUUUUUGAAGGAGAGACUAAAAAAUCGCCUUUAUUCCUAGAUCCCUAUGUUGUCCGUUAGUGAAAUAAACUAGCAAAGAAAAACUAAAAGAAAAUUAUCUAUACCGACUAAAUUAAAAUAAAAUAAGUACUGUAAAAUAUCGUACAAAGGACAACAAAUUUUGUUUGGUAAAAAUUAAAGUAGUUUUCACUGUGUUGAUAGUAUUUGUUAUCAUUGCAAGAGAAAGUGAAAAAAAGGCCAGGGGCCUCUCGCCGUCAUGUCGUCUGUCAAAGUGGCGGUUCGAGUGCGACCCUUCAAUUCACGCGAAAUUUCUCGAGAGUCAAAAUGCAUUAUUGAAAUGAGUGGUGCUACCACAUGCAUUCGAAAUCCAAAGGUUCCACCAAACUCAAAUGAAGCCAAUAAACAAUUUAACUUUGACUACUCAUAUUGGUCCCACAACCCCAGAGAUCCGGAGUUUUCCACUCAAGAAAUGGUUUACAAGGAUAUUGGUGAAGAAAUGCUACAACAUUCAUUCGAUGGGUACAAUGUAUGUAUAUUUGCAUAUGGGCAAACUGGCGCAGGAAAGUCCUACACUAUGAUGGGCAAACAAGAAGAAAGUCAAGAAGGUAUCAUCCCUAUGAUUUGUAAAGAUUUGUUCCAAAGGAUUCAUGAUACAGAGACCGUUGAGUUGAAAUACUCGGUUGAAGUUUCCUAUAUGGAAAUUUAUUGUGAGCGGGUACGUGAUUUAUUAAAUCCAAAAAACAAGGGAAAUCUUCGGGUGCGUGAACAUCCUUUACUUGGACCUUAUGUAGAAGAUCUUUCUAAAUUAGCUGUAACUGACUAUCAGGAUAUUCACGAUCUAAUCGACGAAGGUAACAAGGCAAGAACUGUUGCUGCUACUAAUAUGAACGAAACAAGUUCUAGAUCUCAUGCUGUAUUCACGAUAUUUUUUACCCAAAGACGACAUGAUGAAAUGACUGAUUUGACUACUGAAAAAGUCUCAAAAAUAAGUUUGGUCGAUUUAGCCGGAUCAGAGCGAGCUGAUUCUACCGGCGCCAAGGGUACACGUCUAAAGGAAGGUGCUAACAUAAACAAAUCAUUGACGACUUUAGGAAAAGUCAUUUCUGCAUUGGCCGAAAUUGCUUCGAAGAGUAAGAAGUCAAAAAAAGCUGACUUCAUUCCGUAUCGUGACUCGGUAUUAACCUGGCUUCUCCGUGAAAAUUUAGGUGGAAACUCAAAAACCGCUAUGAUUGCUGCUAUAUCGCCAGCUGAUAUAAAUUACGAUGAAACACUUAGUACAUUACGAUAUGCCGACCGGGCCAAGCAGAUUGUUUGCAAAGCUAUUGUCAACGAGGAUGCCAAUGCCAAACUUAUACGUGAACUUAAAGAAGAAAUCCAAAAACUACGCGAUCUCCUUAAAGCCGAGGGCAUUGAAGUACAAGAAGGGCCAGAUGGUAAAGUGGUUUGUGAGAAGCGAGAUCCAAAUAAAGACGAAUUCAAUAAAAAUGGAAACCCGACAUCGGAAAACAAGUCUCCCAUUAAAGGACGUAAUCGAAAUGGUUCAACAACAGACAUGGCUGUUGAUCAGCUCCAAGCUAGUGAAAAAUUGAUCGCAGAGCUAAACGAAACUUGGGAGGAAAAAUUAAAACGAACAGAGGCUAUACGUAUCCAGCGAGAAGCUGUCUUUGCUGAAAUGGGAGUUGCUGUAAAAGAAGAUGGUAUAACGGUUGGAGUUUUUUCACCAAAGAAGACACCGCAUUUAGUGAACCUUAAUGAAGACCCUAAUUUGUCUGAAUGUCUCUUAUAUUACAUAAAAGACGGCAUUACAAGGCUUGGAACUCAUGAAGCAAAUGUUCCACAAGAUAUACAACUAUCUGGUUCACACAUUCUCAAAGAACAUUGUACUUUUGAAAACCGGAAUGACAAUGUUACUCUAAUUCCACACAAAGAUGCUUUAGUGUAUUUGAAUGGUCGAAAACUGGUCGAACCUGAGGUUCUGGUAACUGGCUCGCGGGUUAUAUUAGGAAAAAAUCACGUUUUCAGAUAUACUCAUCCUGAACAAGCCAGAGAAAUCAGGGAAAAGAUAUUAUCUACAAACGAAGCAGAAACUGAAAAGGCAGUUACUGAGGAAACCAAUCAACAAGUUGAUUGGAACUUCGCCCAAUGUGAACUAUUGGAGAAACAAGGCAUUGACUUGAAAGCAGAAAUGAAAAAGCGAUUAGAUACAUUAGAAGAACAAUAUAAGAAAGAAAAAAUGCAAGCUGAUCAAGAAUUUGAAGAACAAAGAAAAACUUACGAGGCCCGCAUCGAUGCCCUUCAGAAACAAGUAAUGGAACAGAGCAUGACAAUGUCGAUAUAUAGCAGUUGCAGUCCUGAAGACUACCAACAAGACAACAUAUUUGAAAAUCCACUAUACGAUUCUUGUUGGAAUGCAAGAGAGGCAGGUCUAGCUGCAUGGGCAUUCCGUAAGUGGCGUUAUCACCAAUUUACUUCUUUACGUGAUGAUUUAUGGGGAAACGCUAUAUUUUUAAAAGAAGCGAAUGCAAUUUCUGUGGAGUUGAAGAAAAAGGUUCAAUUCCAGUUUACACUUCUCACGGAUACUCUCUACUCACCCCUUCCACCGGAAUUAAUACCAAAUGCUCUAACCCCCAUCCAAGGUGAAGACGAAUUCGGUGCACCACCCAUUUCAAAAACAAUUGUUGCCGUCGAAGUAACUGAUACCAAAAACGGUGCAACUCAUUACUGGUCUUUGGAAAAAUUACGUUAUCGCCUCGAAAUGAUGCGACAGAUUUAUAAUGUUGAGAGUCCGCCAUCGUCAAUGAUUUUCGAUUUAUCGCCAUUGGCAGAGCCAACACCAUCCGUAUUAUCCUUAUACAAUCUAUCUGAACAAAAUGACCAACCAGCAUUUUUAUUACCAAAAUCAGAGUUUGAUAAUAUUAUGUCUUAUGAUGUCAACAUUUUGUCAAGUGGCUAUGAAAACAAAAACGAUUGUAGGCGUUAUCAACAAAAUGAUUUGUUGCAGUGCAUUCCUCCGUGUCCUAAUGGAUCAACAGCCAACAGAUUAUCACUUGUAAAUUUGCUGCCAUCUAGGCAACGUCUUGAACUCAUGCGAGAGAUGUAUCACAAUGAAGCCGAACUUAGCCCAACUUCUCCAGAUUACAAUGUUGAAAGCCUCACUGGUGGUGAUCCGUUUUAUGACCGUUUUCCUUGGUUCCGAAUGGUUGGCCGAUCAUUUGUGUAUUUGAGUAAUCUCUUGUACCCGGUUCCAUUGGUUCAUAAAGUGGCUAUUGUCAACGAAAGAGGUGACGUUCGUGGUUAUUUGCGAAUUGCAGUUCAACCAGUUUUGGAUGAAGAAAGCAUAGACUUUAAUAACGGUGUAAAGCAGUCUGCUCGGCUGCUCUUCGAAGAGAACGCUAAGCCCAAAUACCGCUCAAUGACUGAGAAAGACGAACGCAUUAUUGACUCAAGUUUGGAUACCAAAAUCGAAGAAUUAGAACUCGAAGAUGCAGAUUCCGGGCGUGGGGACUCAAGUGUGGCAUCCGAGUGUCAGGAGAUAACUGACGAACUUGCGGCACAUCUUCAAGUAGGUAAAGAGUUCACAUUCCGCGUAACGGUAUUGCAAGCAACUGGAAUAAGCUCUGAAUAUGCAGACAUAUUCUGUCAAUUCAAUUUUCUACAUCGUCAUGAAGAGGCUUUUUCAACAGAGCCUGUCAAAAACUCAGCUUCUGGUGCACCACUUGGAUUUUAUCAUGUUCAAAACAUUACUGUUCCAGUUACCAAAUCUUUUAUAGAGUACAUGAAAACACAACCUAUCAUGUUUAAGAUUUUCGGGCACUAUCAAAAUCAUCCAUUGCAUAAAGACGCAAAACAGGAAUUCGUUUCAAGACCCCCACCAAGAAGGAUGCUUCCACCCAGUAUUCCCAUCAGUCAGCCAGUUAGGAGUCCUAAAUUUGGACCGCUACCAUGUCCUCCAUCUUCUACGGUUUUGGCAAAACAUGAUGUCCUUGUAUGGUUUGAGAUAUGCGAAUUGGCACCAAAUGGAGAAUAUGUACCAUCAGUGGUCGAACACAGUGAUGAUCUUCCUUGUCGAGGUUUAUUUUUAUUGCAUCAAGGCAUACAAAGACGUAUUCGGAUAACGAUUGUCCACGAACCAACUGCUGAAGUAAAAUGGAAGGAAAUUAACGAACUAGUUGUUGGUCGUAUUCGAAGCACUCCCGAAUCUUCAGAUGAUAUUGACGAUGAUUCGUGCGUCUUAUCUCUCGGUUUGUUCCCUGGAGAACUAUUAGACUUACCUGGAGACGACAGAUCAUUCUAUAGAUUCGAAGCGGCAUGGGAUUCUAGUUUACAUAAUUCUACUCUUUUGAACCGUGUUACACAAGCUGGUGAAACUAUUUACAUAACACUUAGUGCUUACUUAGAGUUGGAGAAUUGCGCUCGCCCAGCAAUAAUUACUAAAGAUUUGAGUAUGGUUAUUUAUGGGCGGGAUGCUAGAACGGGACCACGUUCCUUGAAACAUCUUUUCUCUGGGCAAUACCGAAAUCCGGAAGCCAACCGAUUAUCUGGAGUUUAUGAACUUUCUCUUCGGAGAGCAUCUGAAGCAGGUAGUCCAGGUGUACAACGACGACAGCGAAGGGUUCUUGAUACAAGUUCAACAUAUGUUAGAGGCGAAGAAAACCUGCAUGGUUGGAGACCACGUGGUGACUCCUUGAUAUUUGAUCAUCAAUGGGAGCUGGAAAAAUUGACACGACUCGAAGAAGUAGGCCGCGUAAAACAUUAUUUGUUGUUAAGAGAACGUCUGGGCAUGGAUACGAAUCCAAAUCCUACUACAAAAACGGAAAAAGAUGUGUGCAAUCUUGCUGCUAGAGCUGGAACUUCACCCGUUCAUAUGGUGAUUCCGCCAUCACCACAAACCCCUGUUAGAGAUCCCCAACAAAUAAUACCAGAUCGCGAAUAUAACCAAAGAGAACAAGAAUUAAUGCUCAAAUGUUUAAAACUGAUUCAAGGAUGUUACAAUAACAAAUCUGAAUCGACAGAGAACUUGCAAUCAGCAUCUGAUGCAUCGCCAGGCGAUGAAGGAUGUGCUGACAUGACUGCUAGUUGUAUUUCAGGAAACUCUCUUGAACUUUGCUCUCCAGAACGAACAGACGCCCCAAAUGGUUGGGAGGCACCAGCCCCAGCAACUCAGCCUGCCCUUCCGCUAAGGCUUUAUGUACCCGAAUUAGAAGAAAUUCGAGUGAGUCCAGUUGUUGCACGUAAGGGUGUUCUUAAUGUCUUAGAGCAUGGUGGGUCUGGCUGGAAGAAACGCUGGGUGACCGUCCGUCGUCCUUAUGUUUUUAUUUACAAAUCAGAAAAGGACCCAGUUGAGAGAGCAAUACUCAAUUUGGCUACAGCACAAGUAGAAUGUAGUGAAGACCAAGCAGCUAUGGUUAAAAUUCCAAAUACAUUUAGUGUUGUCACAAAGCAUCGUGGGUACCUUCUGCAAACACUUGGUGACAAAGAGGUACAUGAUUGGUUGUAUGCUAUUAAUCCUCUAUUAGCUGGACAAAUAAGGUCAAGACUGGCACGCCGAACACUAGAAACUAUAUCCCAGACACAAGUAACUCAAAAUUCGAACAAAUGAGAUACAAUAACGAUGGAAUCCGUAUUAGUUUACUAAACUUAAGUACUGAAAAAAUUACAUUCAGUUAACUGUCUUAUCUGAAUAAAUAAAUUCAAGAAAUGUCUAUAACAUCAAUUGAUAAAAAGGAUAAACUAAUAAAAACACUCAUGGGUUCCAUCAAAAAUACACAUGAUAUAAAAAUCAUUAUUUAUAAACAUUACAUUAUAUAUUAAUAUUCAAUACACAUACAUACUAUUUAUUUUCUUUUUUAACUUUGAAAUCUCAAACAAUUAUAGAGCUAUAUCAUUUCCCAUUUAAAUAAAUAGUUAAAACAAAAAUAAGUUCAAAAUAUAUUUUUAAAUUAUAUUGUACAUAGUAUAUAUACAAGUUAUAAAACAAAAUGUUUAUUUAUUUAUUUUUUAUUAAUAUGCUUGUUAUUUUUAUCAGUGAUAUAUUUACUUAUUUAUGGAUUUUUUAUAUUAUCAAAUUAAUUUAUACAUUUUUGUAGAUUGUAUUUUCCUCAGAGCUGAUUUUUUUCUUUAAUUUUUAAUAUUACUUUACUAUGUACUAAUAUGAAUUCCCAAUUUAUUUUGAAGAAAGUAAACCAAAUAAAAAAACAGUAUAUAAGUGUAGAUGUAUUAAAACAAACAACAAUAAAAUAAUUAUUUCAUGAUAUAUUUGAAAAAAAAUAUAUAUAUAUAUACAUAUAUUUAGAAAUCAUAUAAACGUAGAAAACUAUAUGGAUAUAAAUGUGAAAAGUUAUUGGUUUUAUUUUGAAUUAUAAUUUUAAUCACUAAAUAUUAUACAUAAACAAACGCUAGUAUUAGUUAUUUAAUUUAACUAAAAUACUUUAAAAAAAAUAUAUAUUUCAAAUAUUUCAAUCUUAAUAAAAUAUAUAUACAAAAUUAAUGAAAAGAAAAAGAUUAAGAAAAUAGUUAAAACCAGAAAAAAAAAGAAUAUUAUAACUCGAUAGGGUAAAUUUAUUGAGUGAUGUUGAGAUAAAGGAGAAGGGUGGUUACAUAAAAAAAUUGAUACAAUAAUAAAUAUGCAUUAAUUAUAAUUGUUAAACAAAUUAUCGAAUAUACAUUUGGUGCAAUGCUUACAUAAAUCAAAAAUAUUUCUUUAAUUUCAGUAAGUUAUCUUUUGUAUUUACAGAAUAAUGCUGAAGAAAGUUUUGAUAAGGCAAAAACUAGAAAGGCAAUAGCACUGUGAAAAAAAAAAACAACUUUCAAAAUGUACUUUUCUUCGGAUGUUUGAAACGCUUGUUGCAAGUAAUAUUCUCAAAUAAAGUAUUUUCGAACUUCUGCCAUUGCAAAAAUCUAGCAUCGUGAAUUUUCAGCUGAUUUACGUAUCUUAGAAAGAAAAUAAUAUUCAAACCUUUUCACCUGAGCAUAAAAUAACUGCGAUUUACAACGAUCAAGUGAUAGUAGUUGAUAAAUACUUCCAAAUUAUAAAAUUGCACUUGCAAUAACGCAAUGUUAAAACUCACAAUUAUUAAUAAUUUUGGAUUUCAGAAAAAAAAAGAUUAAAAUUAUAAAGGCAAAGGCACAAAAUUUUAAACAAGCUAAUGUUAAGAGUUAAGCAUAUUACUAGUUAACAAUUUUUUAAAUAUUUAGUAAUUUACUAGCUGGCCGAACAUUUUAAUCCUUUUUCAUCGUUUUACUAACUAGUAAAUUACUAAGGCCCAAAUUAUCAAUUUUGACAGAAAAAUGACCAGAAUAUAUAACAAGACAAACUGCCAGCGAGCGAAAGAAUGAUGUGAUGGCCGAGUGGUUAAGAGGAUGAAUUUUUUUUUCAAAUCUAAAAUUUAUGUAUUAUGUAUAUAUUAUUUCAAGACGAAAUAUUAAAAAACACAACUUAAUUCUCUCAAAUAAAA